AUGUCGGUGAACAACAGCGUAGACUCUCCCGAAGUUGAAGAGGCAGUCGUGAAAGUUCUCCAAGGAUUCGAUUGGACGCUGGUCCCGCCAGUUGUCCCCAGACGACCCUCGUUGGCUGCUCAGAAGAAGCGAUUGCAUAUCAAGAGGCCGAUGAAUGCGUUCAUGGUGUGGGCUCAGGCCGCUCGACGGAAGCUCUCGGAUCACCAUAAGAAUCUCCAUAACGCUGAGCUUUCCAAAACGCUCGGCAAACUCUGGAAGCAACUUUCGCAAGAGGAGAAACGACCUUUCAUAGAAGAAGCGGAUAGAUUGCGGAUUCUUCACAAGAAAGAGUAUCCCGACUAUAAAUACCAACCAAGACGAAGGAUACGGAAGGAAGAAGAACAUACAGAGCAGCCCGCAGCUUACCAAUCCCUCUCAAUAUCAACAUUCAGGGCAGAGACUUCCCCAAAAUAUUUGACGGAUCGCCCGUACUCACAUUCUUGUGCAAUGCGAGAGGAUAAAAUCGCGGAAACGGCUUUCAGCUCGUCGACUGCCAUCGGCUCGGUUCAACCAGAUAACCCGUUCCUACCAUCGUACCAGACUAAUUACCCAACCUCGUCCUCAACCUACUACGGGGAUUACUUCCUACCCAACACAUCGACCGCGGUUCCAGAUUCCAACGUUACGAAUGUCGCAGACUAUCAAUUCUCCUCGGUGUAUUGA